CGUUGCAACCCAGGCACGAUGAAAGGAGACGCAGAGCGAUCGGACCCGUCCAACGGGCUCAGCCGGGCCCUGGAGCUGGCCCCACAGACGGAGCAGAAGAUGAAGGAGCGGGGCCAGUGGAGCAACAAGCUGGAGUUCGUGCUGUCGGUCGCCGGGGAGAUCAUCGGCCUCGGCAACGUGUGGCGCUUCCCGUACCUCUGCUACAAGAACGGCGGAGGUGCGUUCUUCAUCCCGUACCUCAUCUUCCUCUUCACGUGCGGGAUCCCCGUGUUCUUCCUGGAGACGUCUCUGGGCCAGUUCACCAGCGAGGGCGGGGUGACGUCCUGGAGGAAGAUCUGCCCGCUGUUUGAAGGUAUCGGGUAUGCCACGCAGGUGAUUGUAGCGCUGCUGAACUUCUACUACAUCAUCGUCCUGGCCUGGGGAAUCUUCUACCUCAGCUUCUCCUUCACCUGGGAUCUGCCCUGGUCCUCCUGCAACAACACCUGGAACACAGAGUCUUGUGUGGAGUUUCAGAGGAGGAGCGAUUCCCCGAACUUCACCAUGCCUGUCAACGCCACGUCUCCUGUCAUUGAAUUCUGGGAACGGAGGGCUCUGAGAAUCUCCCCCGGGAUCGACCAAAUGGGCGUCCUGCAUUGGGACCUGGCCGUGUGUCUGCUGAUCGCCUGGGUCUUGUGCUACUUCUGCAUCUGGAAGGGGGUCAAGUCCACUGGAAAGGUGGUGUACUUCACCGCGACCUUCCCCUACGUGAUGCUGGUGAUCCUGCUGAUCCGGGGCAUCACCCUGCCCGGAGCCUCCCGGGGGAUCCAGUUCUACCUCUACCCCGACCUGGGCCGACUGGCCGACCCACAGGUGUGGAUGGACGCAGGGACCCAGAUCUUCUUCUCCUACGCCAUCUGCCUGGGCUGCCUCACAGCUCUGGGCAGCUACAACAAGUACAACAACAACUGCUACAAAGACUGCAUCGCGCUGUGCUUCCUGAACAGCGGGACCAGCUUCAUCGCCGGGUUCGCCAUCUUCUCCAUCCUGGGCUUCAUGUCCUACGAGCAGAACGUGCCCAUUUCUGAGGUAGCAGAGUCCGGUCCCGGGCUGGCCUUCAUCGCCUACCCGCGCGCCGUCUCCAUGAUGCCCUUCUCCCCGCUGUGGGCCUGCUUCUUCUUCAUCAUGAUCGUGCUGCUCGGACUCGACAGCCAGUUUGUGUGCGUGGAGAGCCUGGUGACGGCCGUGGUGGACAUGUACCCCGCCGUGUUCCGGCGGAGCUACCGCAGGGAGCUCUUCAUCCUGGGCGUGGCCAUCGUGUCCUACCUCAUGGGCCUGAUCAUGCUGACCGAGGGAGGGAUGUACGUCUUCCAGCUCUUCGACUACUACGCUGCCAGUGGGAUUUGUCUCCUGUUCGUGGCCAUCUUCGAGACGGUGUGCAUCGCCUGGAUUUACGGUGCCGAUCGUUUCUAUGACAACAUCGAAGACAUGAUCGGCUACCGACCUGGGCCCAUGAUCAAAUACUGCUGGAUGUUUUUUACACCUGCAACGUGCUUUGGCACCUUCGCCUUCUCGCUCAUCAAGUACACUCCCCUGAAGUACAACAACGAGUACGUGUACCCCUGGUGGGGCUACGCCGUGGGCUGGCUCCUGGCCCUCUCCUCCAUCGUGUGCGUCCCACUCUGGGUCCUCUACAAAGUCUGCACCACCAAGGGCACCCUGAGAGAGCGCAUUCACAGUCUCAUUCAGCCCUCCGGUGAUUUGCCCAAAACCAAGAGGGAGCAGGAGAAGCUGCUGGCCAUCUUCGCCCUGGACAACGAGAGCCUGCCGGCCCAUCGGGCUGAGGCCAAAGACGGCUACUUCCCCGUGAAAGACUCCACCUGCUAGGGCCCCCCUAGCCUCCGCCUCACGUCCGCAGACAACCUCAAUGCCACAGAUACCACAUCCAAAUAGAGGGAAAGAAAGAGAGAGAGAGGGAGGGGGGGGAUAGAGAGGGAGUCCUGUCUGGCCCCUGGAGAGUGGGGCAGACAGACAGUUUUGGGUGCUCUGGUUUUUAAAAUAUUUGUUGGGUCCACAAAGGAUCAGCCGGGAUGCUGUCGGUGGGCCGUCAUCAUCCAAGAAUCCCUCCCAACUCACAUGAGACACAUGCGCACAUGCACACACACACACACACACACACACACAUUGACAGGCUCUGAGCUCACAGUCUGUGGUGCUAUUGGACAGAAACAGUGUUUUGUUGGACAGCGGUGUUGCUCUAUGUCCAGAGAGAGAGAAAGAGAGAGAGCAAACUGUGACAAAAGAAAUGCCAAGGAAUUGUUGUGGUUUUCGGAUAUCUGAGUUUCUGCUUUCUAAGGAAGCUUGUUUCUUUGCCAAGAACAUAAAAAUGUCCCACUCCCCACAUACGUUCAUUAGUACAAAUGGGUAAUUGUGGGGAGCAUUAGAGUUGUGCGGUGGAGAAUUACAAAGUUGUGUAAGAAUAGCACCCUGUCCUCCCACACACACCUCCGCUCACCUCAAUCCAAAUGGAUUGUGGGAACUCCCUGAUGCAGUGUCAGAAGCUCAAAGAGAACGUGUUCCUUGGUACUGAAAUGUGAGAUUAUUGUUAUUCACUCGGUAAGAGAUUCCUGUGGUUAUAAAUGGGCCUUUUUUUCCUUUUGUUUCUUCUUCAUGUAAAAUGUUUUUUUUUUUUUUUUUUUUUAUGUAAAAUGUUUGAAUCACUCCUGACAGAGAAACUGAAUGUACCAGACGUUUCAUCCUGUGUCUGUUGUUUGACAGUAUUCACUAGGCGUGCUUUCCACCGAAUGUGUGAAGUCUGCAGUGUCACUGGAGACAUGAAAUAUGAAAAUCGGAGGAUAUAUUGGAAAGUUUCACAAA